AUGAGACAACCUAAUGAAAAGCUUCAGGAUUACUUAUCCAAGCUUGAUCCGGUUUGCUAUGCUAAUAUCAAAGAGCACAUCAGGUUAGAUCUUCAGUAUUCGAAACAAGUUGCUUUCUUAUUAGCUAACGUUUACGUCAAAUGUCCAAACCGUAGUGCAUUAGGUAGGAAGGUUCCCAACAACUUGAAGGAGGGCUCCUUGGAAUACGUAGAAUUCCUCAAUUCUAUGAUUUCAUACCUCAUAUCAACAAAAAAAGACAACGUCCUAGUGAAAGAAUACAGAAAAGGACUCGUCAAUGCUCUCAGUCCAGCAAAUCUUUUCUCUCCGCAUGUGAGUUUUCGAAGCAAUUACAUGAAGCUACCUGGGUGGCAAUAUCUCUACAAUGUUAUGAAGCGAGAGCUGUUUCUUCAUUUGCUUAUUGAUUGUUGUGGCUAUAUUCUAGCUUCUGAAUCUAUGGUUCAACUUUUUGGACCAAGUUUUUCGUUUUCAAGAAAUUCAAGUAAUAGGGUAUCGAGAGGGAGGAUGAUGUACAAAUUACAGAGAGAGCCCGAAAAGAUGUGUCGAAUCUUUACAAAGAGCUCUCACGACCUCUUGAACGAGAUUGUACCUGUCGCAUCCAAACAGAAGCGGACUCCAAAAAGGCUUCGACAACUACAGAACGUAUUAAAGACAAUGCUAAUCAAUGACAGAAAGAUGGAUUAUUCCGUAACCCGUUCCAAAAUUCAGGGCAUAAGCUCAGUGACAGGUACCAAUCCCUCCGUAGUCGCUAUGAUUGUUAUUGAGAUCUUGACUCUGAUAUUCCCGAGUUCGUUUUGGGGCCUGACGACAAACCGAAUACUGUUAGAGCUGAAAAUCGAAAUGUUUAUAACCUCUCCAAGAUCAGAAAGUAUGCCCGCAAACUACAUCCAAGAAGGGAUGAGCUUAAAUUCAUUUACAUGGGUCGGUCGCUCAAGUCGAACCACAUCACGACAGGAUUUCGAUUCCAGAAAGAAUCUCGUAUGCCAAGUACUUAACUGGCUCUUACUGAAUGUCAUAUGUCGAAUUGUAUCUCAGUUUUGGUACGUCACACAAAGACCUCCCAAUUCUAAUUCAGAUUGUGACUACCUUGCAUUUUAUCCUCACUCAGCGUUGAAUUAUCUUCUCGAUCCUUGGAUUCGUAAGUACACGUUAAAGUACUUGAGGGUAUCCACCUACGGUGGAGCAGUGCAGAAAGGUAAGCUUUUAAAUUCUGGUAGGUUGCGAGUGUUGCCAAAAUCUGAUGACUUUCGUUUUAUAUGCGUUCCUUUACGAGGACCAGAAGGGAGUGAAUUAAGGACAGAAGACACUUACUAUCUUUAUGCAAAAAAUAUCAUUGGACCGAUUCGAGAUUUAUUGUAUCACAAACUUCGCAAGUUCCUCAAACACAGGCUGAAGAAGCACGCUGUCUGUAUGUCUAAUGAAGACGUCCUUCGGGAAAUUAUUACGUACAAGCUGCGUAAUGCUAAACCUGCUGGCGGUUACUACAUGGCGAAGUUUGACAUGACUAAAUGCUAUGAUAAUUUAGACCAAGGAAAGAUUAUGGAAUGCGUGCGCAGAUUGUUCCAAGAUGAUGAUGACACAGCUGAGUACUUUGUCAGAGAAUCUGUUCGUCCCCUGAGUUCAAAGAAUAGUUCUUCCCAGAGGAGAGUCGUCAGAGUGAUAGAAUCUGAUUCUGUAGAGUCUCUCGAUGCAAGACUCAUUAAUCCAUCUCGAAUUCACAGCCAUGAAGGUUUGACGUCUGAGGAUAUACGCUACGAAGAGCGUUAUGGAUCCACAACUAGAAUAACAAAAAAGCAAGUUCUAGAAUUCGUCCAGGAACACAUACGAAAUGCGACUGUUAUCAUAAACGAAAAAGUUCCAAAGUCUUAUACGCGUACCCAAGGAGUAUUUCAAGGCUUCCCGUUACUGGCAGUUUUGUGCCACAUAGUUUAUACAGCAAUGAUGCAUGAUAUUUUCGGUUUCAUUUUGGACGAUUCCAAAAGCGUCUUAUUGAGAGUGGUGGACGAUUUUCUAUUAGUGACGUCUAAACAGGAUAUGUGCUUCCGUACAUUGAAAGCUGCCCGCAGCAGCGAGGCCGAAUCCUAUGGAGCUUUUUUCAAUAGCUCCAAAUCAACGGUUUCGGGACAGUGCCUUGAUGAAGAAAUGCAUUUCUUGGGCCUUAAAUUUCUGCCCCAGCUGCUAGAAUUCAUUUUGGACCCUCCAAAAGUCGGUGAAUGGGGCGUAAUUGAUAGCAAGCCGUUGAGGUGCAACCUUCAAAUCCUCAAAAAUCAUUAUCUUUUCCGUCUUAGGAGCUGUAUCUCCCAUCGUGAGCUAUAUUCUGCAAGCAUGAUGAUCGAGUAUUUGAUCCAUAUACUAGAAGUGAUUUUGAAGACAAUGAAAAGGGACCAAACGACUUUGGUGUUAAAGGGAGACCGAGAAGAACAAGUAUUAGAUCAAAUAAGCCGUUUACUCUUGGAACUUCUUUAUGAAUCAGAACGGGUCUUGACACUACAUUAUGAACUCAAACAAGUCGCAACUUUCAGCCUUAAAUUUCGGAGAACUGUGUUUUUGCAGCUUGCUAGUCAUGGCUUCUUCAAUCCAGUUUGCAUCGCAUUUAAAGCGCUAUCAAACGCUCCGUAG